AAAAUGGCCUCCGACGAUGAGGAUGACUUGGAGGCACUUCGUAUGUUGGCCUUGGCUUCUAUGAAAAAUAAAAAGAAGGCAGAUAUACCUAAAAAGUCAGACGCACCUAAGACCAGUGUACAUCUACAUCCACAUCCAUUAGAUGUGUUAACGGCUACCAGUGGUAUUAUUACAAAAUCUGUAACUAAGAAUGUACCUAUUACCAGCUACAGUAGUUAUGCUCCUCCAUAUGGACAACCACUUACUCACCAAUAUCCUGUUGGACAGCCAGUUCAGUAUUCAGGAAACUACAGUACUAGUACUGUGGAACAUUACAGUAACACCAACAACUACAGUACUGGUGGCACCUUUCCUGGCAGACAACAACAGAAGGUUCCAGAAUAUAGGAAAAAUCAACAAAAGGUACCAGAAUUUAGGAAAAAUCAACAGAGACAAAAUGUCGCUAGUAAUCCUCCCCGACAGAGUAACUUGAUUGUAAUUAAUACUGUUCCUAUGAAGGGGGAGGAAAAAUCAGCAUUAAAAACAGCGGGAAAGAAUAUCACAGUAAAGAGUGAUUCUACCAAACCUGCACUAAUCAGACCUCAAGAUAAAUGGGCAUUGACUGAUGAGGAUAGCCAGUCAUCUACUCCUACCAGAACAAAGGGCACUGACAAGUUUUCAAGAUAUCGGUCAGAUUCAGAGAGCGACAGUGAACAAAGCUCAGAUGACAGCGAUAACGAGAAAAUAAAUAAAUCAAGGAGGUCCCAUCUCAGUUCUGAUAAUGAUUCUGCAGAUGAUAGUCGGACAAAUCAUUCCAUUCGAUCUAGAAAAUAUUCAGGUCGCUCUGAUGGCGAUUUUUCUGAAAGACGAAAAAGUUUUCAGGGACAUGACGAUGAAAUAAAGAGUAACAAGCCUGAUGAUGAAUUAGAAGAUAGCAAAUCCUCAAAGUCAUUGUCUUUGGUGUCAUCGUCUUCAUCUAGUUCUGACAGUGAAAGUGACGAAGAGAAAAAUAAAAGUUCUGAGUCCAAUUUAAAUAAAUCAUCUUCACCAGAAAAGGAUAUCAUAAAUGUUGUCAAAACUGAAUUUGCUAAACAUGUGUCAAAACUUAACUCGGAACUAGAAAAGAAAAUCGAAAAUUUGUCUAAAAGUGAUCAGACUGUCAACACAAAAUUGAGUACAUCCAAACAGACUUUAAACACAAAAUCAAGUACAUCUAAUAGUGCAAAAUCUAACGGGAAGUCUCGACAGAUGGAUGAUAACAUCAAAAAUAUCCCAAUGCCUGCCAUAAAAAAGGCACCUGAGAAGUCAGUAGAAAUAAAAAAUGAAUCUUCUAAACGCAUAACUUCAGAUUCUAAAAAAGACACUAAAGAAAAUAUUAAAUCUAAACAGAAAACUACAGAUUGUAUAAAAGAAUUAAAGACAAUUCAGCCAAAAAAAGUGACUUCCAAUGUUCCAAAAGAAUCUAAGGAUUCUAUUUCUUCAAAACAGGUAACUUCUGAAUCUGAAAAAACUAAACUAGUUACACAGGAAAAAUCAGACCUAAAAAGAAGGUCAAGGUCAAAGACUCCAGUGAGAAAAUUCUGCUUCAAAUCAGGAUCACCUAUCAGAAGAAAAUCAAGAUCACCUUCAAAAUCAGAGGAAAAAAUUAAAGAUGCUAACAGAAGAGCAAGGAACGCAAGAUCAAUAUCAUCAGUCAAACGAAGACAAUCAAGGUCCUUAACUCCUCCAGUCAGGAAGAGAAAAUCAAGAUCUGUAACACCACCUCAGAGAAAAAAGUUACCAGUUACAAAACGAAAAUCAAGGUCAAAAUCUCCAGUUAUUGUGAAGAAGUCUGGGUCUAGUUCUCCUGUAACAAAAUGGGCUUUCAGGUCUGGCUCUCCAAUUAGAAGAAAAAGAUCAACUAGUGCAGAAAAGAAAAAAUCUUGGUCAAGAUCGCCAGUAAGAAGAAAAUCUCCAGUGAGGAAAAGACGUUCAAGAUCCAAGUCUCCUUUGGUGCCCAAAAAAUAUAAACUUGAUUCACCAAAGCGUCAUAGAUCAGUGUCACCGUUUGGAAAAUGGAAAUCUAGGUCUCGCUCACCAGUCUCUAAAACUUCAAAAACAAAUAAGGAUGUAAAUAAGGGUCAGGUCAAAACAGUUAAAAAAUCAUUGAAAAUGUCAAAGAAAAAAGGUAAAAUUUCAGAUGAGAAUACAAACGAGAAACUUGAAGCUAGGAAAAAAAAGUUUGAAAGUGCUAAUGUACCUGAAAGUGAUAAGUCUUCAAAGAAAAUAUCACUUAAAGGAAUUGUAACUAAAGGCAAGAAGAAAAAACUGAAGGAAACUGGUCGUAAAACCGGAAGUGAAAAAGUUUCACACGGAAGAGAAAUUACUGAAAGAGAACCAGCAAUCAGUGAAACAAAGUCUAGUCAAAAGUUGAAGAAUAUUGCAAAAUUAGAAAAAACUGAAAAAUCUAAAACUCCAAAGAAACAUGAGAAAAGAAGAACAAGCAGCACAGAUAAAAAAUCUGAUUCAAAGAAAAAAAUUACGCCCAAAAAACAUGGAGACAACGAAUCUGACAGUUCUAGUAGCUCAGAGAAUGUGUUGUCAAGUGACAGUGACAGCGAUUCUGACAGUCAAACAUGGCGGAACAAAAAAUCUACAAAGUCAGAAAGAAUGCAAGAAGAUAUUGAAAGGGAAAGGCGACAGAGAAUUAAGCAAGAGAGAGUCCACAACAGGAGAACAAGUAGAGAUACUGAAUCAAAUUCCUUCCACAGAAACUUUAAUGAUAAUAGUUGGCAAAAUCGUAGACAAAGAGAUGAUAGAUUUAAGGAACAUCGUAAUAAAAUAUUCGUCGAAAUGAGUGAUGAAGAAGACUCUGGACGAUAUUCUAGUCACAAAAGGUCAGAUUCACGGAAAUCAUACUUUGAUUCCAAAAACAAUGGGGAUGGUAGAUCACUUAAAAUAGAGGUUAACGACAAUGGAAAGAAGAGAACACGGCUAGUGUCUACUGAUGAUAAAGAUUCUACAGCAUUAGGUCAAAGGAAAACUGAUAACGGUCGUUCUAAAAGUCCAACAGUAACUGUAACCCUGAAGACAGGAGAUGAUGAAAAUAACUUGUCUGUCAAAAAAUCAAAGGUGUCCGUCCACGACAGACUUGGUAAACAAUUGUCAGAUGACAGAAAAGUUGUCACAAAGUCAAAGGCCAGGAGGGUGGAAGAAAUUGAUGAUGAUGAUGAUGAUGAGGAUGAUAGGCCUUCAAAGAAACUAAGAAUAGAUGACAGACCAAAAGUACGGUCAUCUGUUGCUGAUAGAGUUAGACCGGAAAGAAGAUCUUCAGAUGAAUUAGACCAAAAGAAUUCAAAAUCAGGGUACAAGUGUAAUGAGCUGGAAGAAAGAAUAAAGAAGAUCCAGAAGAAUAAUGAAGCAAUAAAUAAACGAAGACAUGAAGUGAUGAUGGACCAACAGAAAUAUAGUUGACGUGAAUAAAUUAACUUGGACAUGUGCAAAUAUAAACCUCUGUUACUGUAUGUGAAUGAUUUGUUAUGUAAAUAUAUCUCACAGAAUGUGAUAUUGAUUAGAAUGACGGUACAUAUAUACAAUAAAGGUUAACUCCACUUGUUAUAGAAAGGGAAACAGGUCAAAAUGUGUUGAAUGUAAUCC